AUGGCGAGCGGCGGCCAUAUGCAUAAUUUCACCACCCUCAUCAAGCGGCUCGAGGCAGCGACCUCACGCUUGGAGGAUAUGGCGAUGUCCCUAGACGACCCCAACGUAGCGAAGGGUCUGGGUACUCCUUCCCCAGCUGCACCUGCCACCCCCGAACCUCCUAAGCCUGCACCUCCUCCCCCGGCGCCUCCUGCUGCGCCGCAGGUUCCCCCGCAGAUCCAAGACUUCGACGCAUUGAUCAAGGGGGAUGUCCAAAACUUUGUCAACCUCGGUGAGAAGGUUGGCGGGCUUGUUGCAGAGCAGUCAAAAGCAGUUCUGCAAGCCUUCCAGGCCGAGCGUACAUUCCUCUAUGUCUCGACGAAAGCCAAGAAGCCCGAUGUCCCCCCUCCAGAGCUCAUGACGGAAUUGCACAAGGCCUCGGACAGUAUCAACAACAUUAAGGAGUCGAACCGUGCGUCACCAUUGUUCAACCACCUGAGCGCCGUUGCGGAGGGUAUUGUUGCCUUGGGCUGGUUCUUCGAGACCAAGCCCGCGGAGUUCGUGUCUGAGAUGAUUGGUGGUAUUGAGUACUACGGAAACAAGGUGCUGAAGGAGUACAAGGAGAAGGACCGAACACACGUUGAGUACAUCCAAGCAUACUACCAGAACUUCAAGGCGCUCUCUGCCUAUCUGAAGAAGCACUAUCCCAAGGGCUUGACUUGGAACAACGAAUCUGGCCUCAAUGUGUUGGAUGCUUUGAAAGAGAUCAAGCGCGGCUCUGCCCCAGCUGGCGGCGCUGCUCCUCCUCCUCCUCCCCCUCCACCUCCUCGUCCCGCCCCUCCCCCUCCUCCCGGAAUCCCUCCAGCUCCUGCGCCGUCUGCCCCCGCGCCCGAUAUGUCUGCUGUGUUUGACCAGCUCAACCAAGGCGAGCAUAUCACAUCCGGUCUUCGCAAGGUCGACAAGUCGGAAAUGACACACAAGAACCCCAGCCUGCGUGCGGGCUCGACAGUCUCUGAGGGCUCAGGUUCUCCCCGGGGCAAGUCGCCUGCGCCGAGCAAGAAGCCCAAGCCUGAGAGCAUGCGCUCCCGCAAGCCUCCACGCAAGGAUCUGGAAGGAAAUAAAUGGUUGAUCGAGAACUUUGAGGGCUCCGAUGAGAUCAUUGAGGUCGCCGCGGCGCAAAAUCAGUCUAUUCUCAUCACCCGCUGCAACAAGUGUAUCGUCAAGGUCUCGGGCAAGGCCAAUGCCAUCGCCAUUGACAACUGCACUGGUCUCUCUAUCAUUGUUGACUCUUUGGUCAGCAGCCUGGACGUCAUCAAGUCGCCCAAGUUUGCUCUGCAGAUCGACGGUACCGUCCCGACUGUUCUGUUGGAUCAGGUCGAUGGUGCCACUGUCUAUCUUGGCCAGCAGAGCCUUGCCACCGAGGUCUUCACUAGCAAGUGCAGCGCCAUCAACAUCAUGCUGCCUCCCAAAGAGGGCACCGAUGAUGAUACCAAGGAGUGCCCCGUUCCUGAGCAGAUUAAGAGCUACAUCAAGAACGGUGUGCUGGUCAACGAGAUCGUUGAGCACGCCGGCUAA